AUGUCUUACCAGCCUCAACCAUCUCUCAGGAAUCCCUUUGGCAACCCAGUCUUUCCAGGAGGCAGGUACCGUCUGCCCUAUGCUAGACAUCCGCUAAUUGCCGGCACAGAGAGAACUUCAGGCGGCGACAUUUGGAUUGACACUGUCGUGAAGAGCCUUGGGCAUACUAUCGUCUAUGACCUGGCAGUGGGAGCCAACAUGGUCAAUCACACUCAAGUCAGACCAGGAUCACUUACCGCCGGUGGAUCCGUUAGGGACUUCAUAGACCAGCAGGCCGAAUUUGCAGUCCUUGCGAAGGACAAGGGUAUUCCGUGGUCACCUCGAAACAGCGUCUUCAUCAGCUGGUUCGGUAUCAACGACAUUGCCAUCCAGAUACAUCAAGGGCGAGACUUCAACCAAAGCACGGCGAUCCUUGCGCCUGAUGUUGACCAGUACUUCGCUCUUCUAGGACGUCAGUACCAACUCGGCGCUCGCAACUUCAUCUCGGUGCUUGUUCCUCCAAUUCACCGAGCUCCAGUGUACGACUACGGCCGUGCAAUCAACGCACUUGAGGUCCGGCAGCUGACAUCCUGGUGGAACAAUCGCAUGCAGCAACAGCACAAGAAGUUCCAAUCAAGAUACGCCGCAGCGAGAUCCAUGAUCGUUGAUCCAACGCCAACAUUCAACAGCGUACUCGACAAUGCGCAAGAUUAUGGCGCCCCGAACAACACUUGUGUCAGCUAUCCUCGGGGCCAGCCGUGCCUUUGGGCAGACUUCAUCCAUCCUGGUAUCUUGGUUCAGCGGGAGUUUGGGAAGCUAAUGACGACGGUGCUUUCCAAUGGCAAGCAGAAUGGAUGA